AUGUCAAAUCGCCAACAGAUUGACUCCGUCAUCGAUGAUGACGACGAGUUCUGCCCCCUUUGCAUCGAAGAAUUCGAUCUCUCGGACAAGAACUUCAAGCCUUGCCCCUGUGGGUAUCAGAUCUGUCAAUUCUGCUACAACAACAUCAAGACCCACAGCGAAGAAGGCCGGUGCCCCAACUGCAGACGGGUCUACGAUGAGAGCACCAUUCAAUACAAGGUUCCCGAUGCCGACGAAUUCAAAGCCGACUUGGCCUUAAAACACCGCAAGGCUGCCGCCGCGAAAAAGAAGGAGGCCGAGAAACGUGAAAUCGAGGCUUCCAGUCGCAAGAAUCUUGCCGGUGUCCGCGUCGUGCAGAAGAACCUGGUCUACGUGAUCGGUCUCAACCCCACAAUACGUGACGAGAAUCAACUCCUCUUGACUUUGCGCGGUCGAGACUACUUCGGUCAAUAUGGUGACAUCGAGAAGAUCGUCGUGAGCAAGGCAAAGCCUGGUGGCAACCCCAAUCAGGGCAUUGGCGUCUACGUCACCUAUGCAAGGAAGGCCGACGCAGCCACUUGUAUAGCAGCUGUCGAUGGGUCGGCCAACGGUGACCGGGUGCUACGUGCCCAAUACGGUACAACCAAGUAUUGUUCUUCCUUCCUGCGUAACGAGCAAUGCCAUAAUCGAAACUGCACCUUCCUGCAUGAGACUGGUGAGGACAGCGACAGUUACAGCCGACAGGAUCUCUCUUCGAUGAACACCCUGUCAAGUCAACGAAUCAACGGUGCCCCCAGCGGUCCCACCCACUCGAUUCUUCCGCACGUUGCCCGGUCCUCCGCUCAACCGAUUUCGCAACCAAUGCGCCGCCAGCCUAGUAGGGAUGACGCUGCGGGGAGCCGGCCACCGGAUGGGUCUGCCCUGCCAUCGUCAGCAAGUUGGGCAAACAAGGAUGCCGUGCUUAGCCGGACGAGACGGGCAAGUUUGACGGGCAGUCAAGCCUCGCAAAGUCCGCGUCCCGCCAUUGCCACGGUGUCGCCAGCGGUGGAGGAGGCCAAGCGCGUGGAGAAGCAGUCUACGAAUGCGCAGGAGCGUGCUCAAGCUCAAGCUCAAGCUCAAGCUCAGGCCCAAGCCCAAGCCCAAGCCCAGGCUCAAGCCCAAGCUCAGGCUCAGGCCCAGGCUCAGGCUCAGGCUCAAGCUCAGGCCCAGGCGCAAGCGCAACCGUCCCCCUCUCCCGAGGCACGAUCCUCUUCGUCUAGUUCUCCGCCUACUGUCCAGACGCCACCCAAGCCGGAGACGCCUCUGUUGGAUAACCUCGUCAAGGCUGUGAACUCCCCAGACUUUAAGUUCAUCUUCUCGGCGGCUGGUCUGCCCGCGGAAGAGGUUGCCCUCAUUGAGAACCACCCUUCGUUUAUCGAUCCUUACGGAGGCGUGAAACGCCGAGCUAUGCGUGAGAAGGCGGAGCAGGAACGUGUCCGGCGGGAACAGGAGCUGUUGCAGUCUGCUGCAGCAGAAGAGGAGAGCCGUGAGAGUGGAAGCUUGCAGCUCGGUGGCGAGCCGGAUGACGCGAUGCCCCCAAGAGGCCGUAGCGGUCGCGAAUCUCAUGGUGCCAUUCAACCUCCUUCCCAGCAGGGUACCACGACAAACUCGGCAGUUGGCUCCCCCGUCUCGGCAACUAGUCACCAGUUUCAGCAACUCAAUCUGGCCGGUCGUAGCUUGACCCCUCUGCAGCAACAGCAGUUGCUCCUCCUAAAGUCUGCCGGCAACCAACAGGCGGGCCUGGUUGAUCAGCUGCAGGGUGGGCUCAACUCCGCUGCUCUUGACCAGGCAGCUCAGGUCCGCCAGGGUCUGCUCCAGAGCCAGAUGGCACAGUUCAAUGCUCUGCAGGCGCAAAGUCGCCAGAACUCUCGUUUCACAUUCGCCAAUGAGGCCAAUGCCAAGAACAUCCCCAAUGUGCGCAUGUUGAGCCAAAUGCAGGCUGGUACUCCUAACCCGCUCGCAGCCCCUAGCCCUCAGCAUGGUCUUGCUGGCAACUACUUCACUAGUGGUGUGCAGGGUCCACCCCCUGGGUUGAAGACGGCGGGUACUCCGCCUAUCAGCGGCGGCGGCAUGUUCGCACAGGGUCACGGUUUUACAACAAAUGCCAAUCUCGGUUUGGGAUCCAACCUCGGAAAGCAAGAAGCCAAUCCAGAGUUGAUGCGUGAGCUGCUGAGAGGCCGCAGUGGCGCAAAUGCCGGUGGUUUGCAGGGUCAAGAGGCCGCUAAGCUGGACGAAGAAUUUCCUCCUCUUGGAGCCCAGCCAAAGGACAAGCGCCCCGUUGACAGCUUUGGCUAUCUCGUGCGCUCGCAUUUCUCCAGUGACUCGCAAGGCUCAGCUCGUGCUGGAACACCUACCCUGCCCCCCGGGCUUCCUCUGCCACACGCUCAUCCUGCAUCUGCCUUGUUCCAAAGUCCACUCAACCCAUCCAGUCCGGUCUCGUCGCCAUCCGUGCCUCCGGGUCUUAACCCACCUUUCCAUAGGCUAGGAACGCCGGGCCAGGGAUUCCAAGAAAGCUCUCGCCAGGCUUCUCCGGACUUGAAAGAUACUCCUGAGAAUCCGCCCACCUCAAGUCGCAUUAAGAAUGCAUCCGAAAUAUCACUCGGUUCUCCUGUGCCAAAGUCAGCCAACAAGGCUCGCUCCCAGCAAAAGGGGGACUUGACCGUCGCUUCUGACAAGAAAGCUGGCCUUUCGAAGACCGGAGAAAAUAAUGAGAAAGCCUCGGCGCCUACGGCGAAGGCCAAGCCCAUAAAGCUGGAGCUUCCCUUGGGUACUUCUCAGUCUCACGACGCUUCAAAGGCAGAUACACCAAGUCAAACCAAUACCCAUGGCCCGGUGCCCACUUCGACGAUCGGUUCUCGUCCGAAUACACCCUUAACUGGGGUCUCCCGCGUUUCGGACUCUUCCGCUCCUCGCCAACCUCGAGUCCUCCGUGUGGUUGACACGCCAAAGACUGAAACCCCGCCGCCUCCAUCUGCCACCCAGUCUGUCGCUUCCAUACCUGCUGCAACAAAAGCGCGUUCCAGACGACCAAGCAUCUCGUCGCUCAGCCGGCCUGAUACGCCCGGCGACUUCGGAUCGGAAGCCGAUCUUUACACCUCGGCGUCCGUGUCUCGGGCCAACUCUCCUCCCGCUUCGUCCAGAAUCGGCUCUGCACCUGUCCGGGCGAUGACCAAGAGCCAAGCUAAGAAGGAACGGCGACAAAAGGCCAAGGAACUGGAGGCCAAGAAACAAGAGGCCACCGCUGUGGUCGAAGAACCAGUGCAGGCUCCGAUUAUCGGUCGGAAGCGCAAGACCAAGAAGACUCCUGUUAGCUCGAACGAGUCGCCGGCUGCAGCUUCGGAGAAUACUGAGGCUGGAAAAUCUGCCAACGCUGGAAGUUCAAAUAGCAAUGAGAAGGCUGCGCAGCGGACGGAAGCGGCCAAGAAGAACAAAACGAAUGAGAAGGCCACGAAGGACUCCAAGCCAGCUGCUACCGAGGAGAAGGCCACUCCUGAACAAAAAGCACCUGCUGAGGCGUGGCGUUCCAAGAACACGGUUGAGCAGCUGAUGAAGGACGCUGAAUCCAGCGGGGUUCCGGUCAAGGAGCUCUUCUCGGAACGUACAUCCCCGUUGCAAGUCCUUCUUGCUCAGCUGCAUAAGUCUGCUGAAUUGGACCUAAACAAUCAUCCCCUGUUCAACCCAGCCAACCUAAACCAGCGAUUCGACAUGAAGUGCAAUGCGGAUGAUUACGACAUCCUGAAACAGCCCAUUGAGUUGACGGAUGAGCAUCGUAAAGCAUUGAUGCGCGGAGAAGCCAUUCGUGUUAAUUCGGACUCGACCAUGCUGAAAGACCGAUGCUUGAUCAGUCCCCGUGGAUGCGUCCUGCACCAUCUGUCGCCCGAGGAAGAAGAGCGGUAUCUUGCGCUUGAGAAGAACAUUGCCUGGGCAAUUGAUACCUUCCAGGAAUACUCGAACGUACCUAUCACGGAGCCUGAUGUGACCAAUCGCGGUGGUGGUUUGGACGCGUUGUUUGCUACCCCUGAGAAUUUCAACAUCUGCUGGGUCGACGAGACCUCGGCCGGUCUCACCUCUGGCUCGCCCACUGCCGGGAUGUCUCUUUCUGACGCCAGCGGCUCCACUAUUCCUGCGCCUCCCAACGUUCUGUCGGCCAUGGAGGCGGACAGCACGCGCAGCCAUAACUGGGCCAUUGCCAACACCGCGGAACUGGUCAAUGCCACUGCCACCUCGGUGCGAUCCUUCGCUGCCGCUACUGCCAAGCACAUGCUCGGGGCCGCGGGGGUGGUCAUGGGCAACAUCCCGGACCUGGACGAUGUGGUUGGAAUGACCAAUGAAGAGCUGCGCUCGUUCGCCGUCAAGUCGCAGAAGGAUCUUGAGUCGUCUCGCAAGGAGCUAGACACGAUCGACAAGAAGCUCAACGCCCUAGUGAAGCGGAACCGCAAGCUUGCGCAGCAGGCUCUUGCGACGACCGUUGACGCGUGA